AUGGGCCGGAGGCGACAGAGAAAAAAUAACGGACUCACUAUGUCUGAUGGGGACUACGAUUACCUCAUCAAAUUCCUAGCCUUAGGUGACUCUGGCGUGGGAAAAACAAGCUUUCUAUACCAGUACACGGAUGCCAAGUUCAACUCCAAGUUCAUCACUACAGUUGGAAUAGACUUCAGAGAAAAAAGAGUGGUAUACAAAUCUACGGGUCCAGAUGGGACUUCAGGAAGGAGGCAGAAGAUCCACAUGCAGCUGUGGGACACCGCUGGACAGGAGAGGUUCCGAAGUUUGACGACAGCUUUUUUUCGUGAUGCAAUGGGUUUCCUCCUCCUGUUUGAUCUCACCAAUGAGCAAAGUUUCCUCAACGUCAGAAACUGGAUGAGUCAGUUACAGAUUCACGCAUACUGUGAAAAUCCAGAUGUCGUCCUGUGUGGCAACAAAUGUGACCUGGCAGAUCAGAGAGCGGUCAGCGAAGACGAGGCCCGUGAACUGUCAGAGAAAUAUGGAAUCCCAUACUUUGAGACAAGUGCGGCAAACGGACAGAACGUCAACGAGGCGGUGGAUGUUCUGCUGGAUCUGAUCAUGAAAAGGAUGGAGCGGUGUGUAGACAAGUCCUGGAUCCCAGACGGGACAGUCAGAGCUAAUGGACCCACCAGCCAAGACCUCUCUGAGGGCUCAGACAGAGGCAAAUGUGCAUGUUAGAAUGAAUUUACAUCACCCAUCUGUAUUUCACACAAUAUUUACGGGGGAAAAAAGAGAAACGUCCAAGUAAACAUUACACUCUGUAUUAACUAAAUCCUCAUUGUCACCAGUGUCUGUGCUUUGGGCCCAACAGGGUUGCAGACUCUCCCUCCAUGACACCCCUAAUAAUUUGUCAGUAUAGUGGUUUUAUUGAAUCGAGGCAACUUAUUUGGACACAAGGCUUUGGAGUAUUGAAUUCACCUAGGAUAUUUAUUUCUUCUGAAGCCUAGCAUUUAUUUCCGAUUUUGAUAAUCACUUUAUUAGAGCUGCUCAGAUUUUCAGCAGCACAAAAUCAUGACCUAGGAUGUCACAUGAGAUAUAUUGUUAACUUUUAUAAGGAAAGCAUUAGGUAAUAGGUCUUUUUGUAGGAACUCACCACUUAUGUGCUAGUGUUACUUUAGACACUGAAUGUCUCUUAAAAACCUGCAAUCUCACGACAGCCAGUGAAAUGUAGCUCCAACUGACCAUUCAGCAUCAGCUGCAUGGAUAGUCGACACUGGCAAGUUUUUUCUUUUUCUUUUUUCUCCGUGCAUCUCUUUGACUGUAAAAAACGCUUUGCUUUUUGUGCAGUUUCAUGCAGUUGUUAUCCUAGUCAUUGAUAUUGCUUUCUUAACAAGUACAGAUAUGCAAUAAAAAAGUUAGACAGCGGAGUAACUCAGGAACCCUGUUAAUUCAGGUGCUGUAAACUAUGAACAGAUACAGAAUGGAGGAAACAAAUUUCAAGCUGUUUGGCUGACUGCAUCACUCAAAUCUUUAUCAAUUUUGUAUAUUUUUCUUUAAGUCCAUGCUUCAUGUAAAAAAUAAAUAAAUAUUUUAAAAAAUUAUCCCACAUUAUGAUAAAUUAUGUGUGAGGUAAUUUAUUUGUUAAGCUGCCCUGUUUUUCUUUUCUUUUUCUCUUUUUUUCUUUUUCAUCAAAAAAGCACAAAACACAACACUGUUGUACUCAAUUCAAAUUGAUGUCAAAUUAAAAUGACGCUUCAUAACAUUAUUUUAGCUUCUAAUAGGACUAAUUGUUUGCCGGAAUUUUAUAUAGAGCAUUUGUAAUAAGGUUGUAGCAAAUUUUUAAUAUGUUUUAGGAUUAUAUUAAAAGAAAAGUGUGACAGAUGUCAGAAAUGUUCUUUACAUUUUUAAACGGAAACUGCUCUGCUGAUGAUUCAACUUUUUCAACGGGUUGCUAAAUAAAUGUAUUCUUGAAACUGGUAAGUCUGCUACUCUGGAAAACCUUUGCAGUAAUUUGGUAUUAAUAUAUAUUUAAAAACAUUUAAAUGAAUUUAAUUACUCUGAUGCUUUAUAAAAGGAAUAAAACAAUGGAAUACCACUUUUUAACAGUUUCACAUUCAACACAAUGUAUUACACCCCGUUAAACAAUUUCCUUUGAAAGAGGCUGGUUGGGAUAUUUUUAUGGCCCAACCAUAUAUCUUCAAUAUCACAGUUUGAUUAUGCAAAUUGAAAUAUUUAAAAUCUGUUACAUCUGAACCAUAUAAGAGACUGAAAUAUAUCAUGGUGUCCGUUGUUACGCUAAUGUGUAAAUUAUUUCCAAAAUAAACAUUUGUACUUAUGUACGA